AUGUUCGUCCAAAAUGAGAUGGCAGAGUACAUACUCGCCUCGGCCGGCGCUGCCUUUUGGAUCGUCACGAUCAUUCCCCAGAUCGUAAAGUCAUACAAGACCAAAUCUACAGAGGGGCUUUCACCCUGGCUCAUGGCACUGUGGGCCUCAAGCAGUCUUUUCUUCGGGAGCUACGUGAUCGCCGAGAAGCUCAACGUGGCCAUACAAGUCCAACCCCACGCUUUCGGUACCCUCUGCAUGGUCUCCUGGGCUCAAUGCUGCUACUACUCGCGCCACUGGUCUGCUCGAGAAGCCGCAGGUACCCUGCUCGCCAUCAUGGCUAUUGCCGGCGCAUUCGAGACCACGUCGAUCUUCUCCCUUUGGUAUGGUCAGCUCAAAGGCACCGAGGUACCGCUCCUCUUCUACGGUUACUUCUCCACCGCUCUCACCAUUGUUGGCUUCAUCCCGCAAUUCUACGAGAUCUACCGUCUCCGCCAAGUCAAAGGCAUAUCCCUCAUCUUAUUCUGCGUCGAUAUCACCGGCGGGACCCUCUCCGCCUUUGCCCUGUUCUUCCGUGAAGAGCUGGAUAUUGUCGCUUUGAUCACCUACCUCGGCGUCGCCUCCCUCGACCUCCUCAUUAUCGUCCUCUACUUUACACUCGGCCACUCUGACGCCCCGCCUCACUCGAUCUCCAACCUCCCUCCUGCUUCCGGUCCCCGCUCACGCCUCUCCAUGCUCCAGACGCAAGGGGCGCAGAUGGAGGUACAGGCGGAUAGUCCGGUCAGUAGUAAAUGGGCUUUGACCCCGAGUACCGGCACGCUGGUGGAGGGCUUUACGCCGAUGACGGGUCGAUCAGAAAAGCGUUUCUUCCCGUAG